AUGGUGGAUAAGAAAGCGCAAGCAGCUAAAUGUGUUAGCAUUGUUGCCCCUAGAGUUCGACUAAAGUUAAAUGAUUUUAGACAAGCUAUCAGAAAUUGGAGGCCUAUCGAGGCCAAAAAAGAUGCAUACGAGGUGCAACAUACUCAUAACAGCAACAUAUCAUAUGCAGUUCGAUUAGAUAAGAAGAAUUGUGCAUGUAGAUAUUGGGAUUUGUAUGGGAUCCCAUGUGAGCAUGCAACAACUGCAUUAUGUGCUAAGAAUGAAACCCCUGAGAAUUAUGUAUCUUGUUGGUACAAUAAGGACACAUACGAAGCUGCAUAUUCAUUUUCUUUAGAGCCCAUUAAUGGACAAGCACUAUGGGAGAAAAUUGAUGAAGGUCCAAUCUCACCAAGUGACCCCCGAGUGAAACAUGGGAGACCCGCAAAUAAGAGAAAUAAGGCAUAUGGAGAAGGUAAACGGAAAACACAUUUGUGUAGGGUUGUUAAAAGUGGUAAACAAUUGUGCUCUAGUUGCAAAGAACCUGGCCAUAAAAUUACAACAUGCCCAUAA